CACACACCCUCUGCUAUUCUCAGUAGGAGUGAGAAGCAAAGACAUACACCGUUCCAAGCUCUCCUCACUCCGGUCCUUAUUGCAUCCUAUGUGCUUUUCUUUCCUUCUCUCACAGGAAGUUUAUCUUCUCCAGUAUCUUCUGUAGCAAAGUUACUUUUCUUAUAUUAGUUUUUUUUUUUUUUUUUUUACAUAAAACAGCAUGCAGUUUCCUCCGACGGAGGUGGAAGCCGAGUGCGCAAUCGGCGGGACUCUGUGAGCUCGGCAAUGCCUCGGAUAUGCUGGAGAUUACACUACGAGGAAUGGCCAAGUCCUAGAUCCCGGAUUUUGGUUGAGUUUACACGGCAGAAAUGAUGAUUUGAAGUGAUCAGAGAGGGAGAGCACAGCCGGUGCACGGUGAUGGAUGCGCCGCCUGUUGGGAUUUAAGCAGGGCGGAUGGAGAGCCGUGCGCCCCAGCGCGCCUCUCUCACCGUCUGACUGCUUCACUCAUCGGAUCUCUUUUGCAUGCCUUCAGACGGAUCUGCAUUUAGUUUCAGGUUAAUGCCAGGAUUUUGGGCGUUAAUGCUGUAAAAAAAAAGAAGGAAAAGAAAAGAAAAGAAAUAAAAAAUGUUGAACAACGUUUUGCUGCUGAGCGUUUUGACAGUAACUGGCUUCUCCUCGCGGACGGAGAGCCGCAAAACUUCGAAGGACAUCUGCAAGAGCCGCUGUCCGUGCGAGGAGAAGGAGAACGCGUUAAACAUCAACUGUGAGAACAAAGGAUUUACAAGCCUGAGUGCGUUCCAGCCGCCGCAGAACAAAAUCAGCCAGCUUUUUCUCAACGGGAACUUUCUCACCAGACUGAACGCCAACGAGUUCGUCAAUUACGGUAAUGUCACGUCUCUCCAUUUGGGCAAUAACGGGCUGCAGGAGAUUCGAACGGGGGCAUUCAAUGGCCUGAAAAACCUCAAACGCCUCCAUCUGAACAAUAACAAUUUGGAAAUUAUCAGAGAAGACACGUUUUCCGGUUUAGAAAGUUUAGAGUAUUUGCAGGCUGAUUACAAUUAUAUAAGUGCCAUCGAGGCUGGUGCGUUCAAUAAGCUGAACAAGCUCAAAGUUCUCAUACUUAAUGAUAACCUUUUGCUCUCUCUGCCCAACAACAUAUUUCGAUUCGUAAUGCUGACCCAUUUGGAUCUGAGGGGAAACCGCCUGAAGACGCUACCGUUUGCUGGCGUUUUAGAGCACAUAGGUGGCAUUAUGGAGAUACAGCUCGAGGAGAACCCGUGGAACUGUACGUGUGAUCUCGUGCCACUCAAGGCCUGGCUGGAUACCAUUGCGGUCUUUGUAGGAGAUGUGGUUUGUGAGACGCCGUUUCGUUUGCAUGGCAAAGAUGUUACACAGCUUAUAAAGCAGGACCUCUGCCCCAGGCGCAGUACUGGUGACUCGACUCCCCGUGCCAUGCAACCACCACCUCCGGAUCCCCAGCAUCGGGUCCCAGUACCUACGUUACGCUCACAUUCUGCGCCAACUAGGGCACCCAAGGCAUCCCGCCCUCCCAGGAUGAGGAGCCGCCCCACUCCACGUGUUACUUCUGGCAGGGACAAGCAUGUAUACGGUCCAAUAAUGGUUUACCAGACAAGGUCCCCUGUACCUAUGACAUGCCCAGGUAUCUGCGUGUGCACAUCUCAAAGCCCAGACAGUGGGCUGAACGUUAACUGUCAAGAGAGGAAGCUUCACAACAUCUCUGAUCUGCAACCCAAACCGUCAUAUCCAAAGAAGCUACACUUAACUGGAAACCAUUUGCAGAUCAUUUACAGGGCUGAUCUGACAGAAUAUAGUACCCUGGAACUUCUUCACCUGGGGAAUAACAGAAUCGCAAUUAUUCAGGAUGGGGCUUUUGAGAAUCUAACCAGUUUGCGCAGACUUUACCUCAACGGCAACUAUAUUGAAAGUUUAUCGCAGGCGUUGUUCACUGGACUACAGAGCUUGCAGUACCUCUAUCUCGAAUAUAACAUUAUUAAGGACAUUUUUCCGAACACGUUUAACUCGCUGCACAACCUGCAGCUUCUCUUUCUCAACAACAACCUUCUGAGGUCCCUCCCUGACAAUGUGUUCGGGGGCACCAUGCUAACAAGACUCAAUCUCAGGAACAAUCACUUCUCGCAUCUCCCGGUGAAUGGAGUGCUUGAUCAGCUUUCAGCAUUUGUCCAGAUCGAUCUCCAGGAGAACCCGUGGAACUGUACGUGUGAUCUCGUGCCACUCAAGGCCUGGCUGGAUACCAUUGCGGUCUUUGUAGGAGAUGUGGUUUGUGAGACGCCGUUUCGUUUGCAUGGCAAAGAUGUUACACAGCUUAUAAAGCAGGACCUCUGCCCCAGGCGCAGUACUGGUGACUCGACUCCCCGUGCCAUGCAACCACCACCUCCGGAUCCCCAGCAUCGGGUCCCAGUACCUACGUUACGCUCACAUUCUGCGCCAACUAGGGCACCCAAGGCAUCCCGCCCUCCCAGGAUGAGGAGCCGCCCCACUCCACGUGUUACUUCUGGCAGGGACAAGCAUGUAUACGGUCCAAUAAUGGUUUACCAGACAAGGUCCCCUGUACCUAUGACAUGCCCAGGUAUCUGCGUGUGCACAUCUCAAAGCCCAGACAGUGGGCUGAACGUUAACUGUCAAGAGGAAGCUUCCAACAUCUCUGAUCUGCAACCCAAACCGUCAUAUCCAAAGAAGCUACACUUAACUGGAAACCAUUUGCAGAUCAUUUACAGGGCUGAUCUGACAGAAUAUAGUACCCUGGAACUUCUUCACCUGGGGAAUAACAGAAUCGCAAUUAUUCAGGAUGGGGCUUUUGAGAAUCUAACCAGUUUGCGCAGACUUUACCUCAACGGCAACUAUAUUGAAAGUUUAUCGCAGGCGUUGUUCACUGGACUACAGAGCUUGCAGUACCUCUAUCUCGAAUAUAACAUUAUUAAGGACAUUUUUCCGAACACGUUUAACUCGCUGCACAACCUGCAGCUUCUCUUUCUCAACAACAACCUUCUGAGGUCCCUCCCUGACAAUGUGUUCGGGGGCACCAUGCUAACAAGACUCAAUCUCAGGAACAAUCACUUCUCGCAUCUCCCGGUGAAUGGAGUGCUUGAUCAGCUUUCAGCAUUUGUCCAGAUCGAUCUCCAGGAGAACCCGUGGGAGUGCACAUGUGGAAUUGUGCCACUCAAGAACUGGAUGGAGCUGUCCAGCACUAGCGUGGUUGUCAACGAGAUCACAUGUGACUCUCCCUCAAAGCAUGCAGGUCGCCUCCUGCGGUCCCUCCGCAAUGAUGCUAUUUGCGUUGAAAAUGACGAGACUCCGGCGCCUGCCACCAAGGCGCCAACUACUAUCAGCGUUACUACUGAAGUUACUCCGUCCCCUACAGUGGCCCCUACAGAGGAAGCGCAACCUGAAACGCACCCGGAAGUACCCUUGUCUGUACUGAUCUUGGGCCUUCUUGUUGUGUUCAUUCUGUCAGUGUGUUUUGGGGCUGGUAUCUUUGUCUUUGUGCUCAAGAGGCGCAAGGCAGUGGAGAGUGUCCCAGCUACGGCAGCUGCCAAUAGCCUAGAUCUGAGCUCGUUCCAAGCGCAUUAUGGCCACUAUGACACAGAGCAAAGCACAGGUAAAAGAGAGGGUCAUGUCUACAACUACAUCCCUGCCGCUGUUGGCCAGAUGUGCCCAAACCCGAUCUAUGUGCAGAAGGAGAAUGAACAUGUGGCUUACUAUCGCAACUUGAAAGACCUUGGUUUCGGAGCACCCGAGCCCAAGCGAGAGGAGUUUGGUCGUAGUCCCACUUACACAAUAAGCACUUUGGAACAUGUGGAGGAGAAUCCCCAACAAGGCAGCUGUGAACCUGAGCUGCUGUACCAGAACGUUGCGGAGAGGGUAAGAGAGUUGCCCACCGCUGCUCCCUUCGGCUACAGCUUUUGCACUCUGCCCAAAAGGCCAUUAGCGCCACCAUACGAGGCCGCAGUGCGGCCCAACAGGGACCGACUAAACAAAACUGUCUUGUAUGGGACGCCGAGAAAGCACGCUGAACAGCUGCUUCCUGCGAAGCUGAAAACGGAGCCGGACUACCUUGAGGUUCUGGAGAAACACACUGCAAUGAGUCAGCUGUAAAAGCUAUACCACACACUCUUUAUUAUCUGUUUAUUGUAACGAAAAAAAAAUUGCUAUCAAAACGUGUCAUCUGCAUUCUCGUCCACACAAGAUUCGAACAGCGGACAAUGCAGUCGAAAGCCUUGUCAUCCUUAUCUUUCUGAAGCUGUACAAAUUAGUAAGGGAAAAAAAGUAUCUACAAUUUAAAGAUGAUAUAUUAUUUUCUCUAAGGUUUAAAUUAUUUCCUCUACUUGAAUCAUAAAGACUGUAGCAGUUAUGGCAAGAGUAUGUAUAAUAAUAAUGCUUAAUGCUAUUUUAUAAUGAAGUAUAUAUUUUUUUUUCUCAGAGGAGGACAAUGUUCUUUGCAGAAGCAGGUUCUUGAAUCAUGCAGUGACAUUGCUGGUGUUGGUAUUAUGGUGGGAAGUCGGAUAUACAAUAACUGUUCAAAUCCACUUCAAUCCUUUUAUUCCAGAAGUGCCUUUGCACUUAAAGAAUUUUAUCUUUGCUUUCUGUGAAUUGAAUUUUUUAUAAGUGCUGUAUUUUAAAAAAAAGAAAGAGGAAAUCUGUAAAUAGAAUUAUUUGUCCAUUGCAUUAAACGGAAAAAAGAGAAAAUAUA